UGCCUGCUCGCUUUACAACAAUGAAUUGUGUAUUGUAAUGACUAGAAGUCAUAUAAAGCGAGCUGUGAGCCACACAUCAAACAACUUCAGUGACGUCGCUUUUAACAAUGGACGUGAAAUUUGUGAUAAUUUUCAUCUGCCUGCUUGCCCUGCUGCCGACACCUGGAUAUGCUGAUUUCUUAUACAAUAGAAUUAGUCCAAAGACACCGGAAGAAUUAGAUGCACUGAAUCUCAAAUGUGUACCCGGUCGGACAAUUUUAAAGAUCGAGUCAAUAGCAGAUAAAAGUUUUGAUGAUAAUGAUGGAACAGAGGAAGAUGAUGGUGAUAUAGAAACCGAUACGAGACGUGUUCAUACGACAUUUGUGCCGAAAGACGACAGCUGUAAAAUAUGCGUCUGCUCUGUAGAAGGCAAAGACGAAUACUGCAGCAAAAGACCCGCCAUGAACGUCAACGAAUGCAUGAGGAUGACGAUGAUCAAUGAGAGUUUUAAUAAAAAUGUACCAUUUGAUCAUGAGAGGUCACUCUCGUACAGGAUUAGAAGAGUGGGAGAUGAGGAAACCGAAUGCGUACCAUUCUUGUCAGAAUAUACAGAUUGUUCUGAAGCAAAUGUUUGCUCUGGUUGUACUAAAUGCUCGUGCUCCGCGGAAGGGCGAUGGCAGUGCCAGUUGGUGCACGAGUGUCCAGGGUCAGGAGACGAGGAUGUGGUGAAUGCAGACACUAUUAGCAAUGCCUAUGAAGUCUUGUUCAAUGAACUUUCUAACAUGGAAACUAAAGUUGAGCCGAUUGAACCAGAAACCCAGCCCGAGGAAAGUCGAUUAUUAGGUUACUUGAUUGCUGUACCUUAAUGCACUGCUUUGCACUUGUUUUUUUUUUUAAAUAAAUAUAUAAUUAAAGCAC